AUAUGUAAAUACAGCAGAUGGACAGAGAGAGAUAAGACUGCCAUGCUGAUGACUACACAGGAGUCAUUUAGCAGAGAGGGGAAGUAGCCAAUAGCACACAGACACUGAGGUCACAAAUGCUCAAACACACACACACACACACUCACUCUCUCUCUCUCUCAUGCCAUCGCUCACAAAAAAACAUUCAGUACACACAGAGAAACUCUCUCCUACCUAAGGGCCGCCAGCCCACGUACAGACUGGGUAGAUUCCCUGGGCGCUGACUGUUGCCACUAUGCAGAACAACAAGUCUGAUGUGAAGGCCAUGACGGCUCGCUUCAACACGGGGGGAAACUCCACAGAGGGCACCUCUACAGGACGUCCCAAAGCUGCAGUGCACCCCACCCUGUCCUCUGGACCCCCCAUCCAGCCUAAGAAACCUGUUCUGGAGACCAGCCUAUCAGGCAGUGCAGCAUCCACCGUGCCCAAACCCAACUUCCUCAAGAACACUGUCUCCACCAAGAGUGCUCCAGAAGUUAGGGAGUUGCCCAAAACCAAAGCGAUCGCUAGUAUGUUUGAAAGUGCCCAAGAGGACAGCCAACCCUCUGCCAAACAGUACCCAUUUAAACCCAAACCUCCUGGCCCAGAAGUAUCCCAUGACGCUGAGGUCAAAAUUCCUCUGCCAAAACCCCCUCUCCAGAAGCCCUCUCUGAGCUCGACCCUGUCUGGCACCAAGCCUGCCUUCCCCAAACCACCCCUGUGUGUGGCCAAACCCACCUGGGGCAAAGACAGAAGCCCCAAACCUGACGACAGUGGGGGUACGCCGAACAAAUUACCCCCUUCCAUAAAACCCAUCAGCUCCAUUGCAAAGAUGCGGCUUCAGACAGAGGAUAGUGUGGCUGGCGCUGUGGAUUCUACAAUCAAACCGCUCACACCAAGCACUACCCUCAAGCCCACAAACUUCAGGACUGCUCAGAAUGCAUUCAAUCGAGGAGAGACACUAUCUGAGGAAGGAGUAAAAGAAAUAACCAAACUCCCCCUCACCUCCAGUGACUCUUGUCCCCCCAAACCUAUAGCCAGUAAGAAACCCAGCUUCACUAAGAAGCCACUGGGCCACACCAUUCCAGUCGUGGGGUUGAACCCUUCUGCCCUUACCAGUAGCUCUUCUUUCCCCAAAAGGAACCCACUGCCUAAUAUCCUGGCACUGGGGACUGCCCCAGCCAAACCCAACCGGCCUCCUAGGGUCAACUUGGAAAAGUUCAAGAAGGGCACAGAGGCUAGUACCGAUGGUCCUGCUGGGUUUAGAAAGGGAAGUGUUCCCCCACCUCCUGCCUCUCACCCCAGUAACCAUGUGGCCCCACCCCUGCCCUCUAACCCCAUGGCCCCUAGCCUGCCACCGCGACCACCAGGAGCCAUAAUCCAACCUGACCCAGAUGAGAACUAUGAUGAUGUGGGGUUAAUGAACAAUCCUCCCAGUCAAAGGAAUGAGGACAGUGAAAGUGAUGAAAUGUAUGAAGAUCUUGAUGAAAGAUGGGAAUCGUCAAAGGAACAAGAGAAAAAGCGAGAGAGGGAGGAGAAAAAACGACAGGUGGAAAAGAAAGAACAGAAAGAACGCGAGAGGAAAGAACAGGAGACCAGAAAGAAAUUCAAACUGACUGGUCCACUGGAGGUCGUCCACAGGGCCAAGGCCAGGGUGGACAGUAAAGGGAGCAAGACGGACCUGGUGCUGAAGCAGGGAGAGUCUAUUGACAUCAUGCGUGUUUUGGACAACCCAGAGGGCCGCUGGCUGGGAAGGUCACAGGAUGGCUCCUAUGGCUAUGUGAAGACGGAGUCCGUUGCGAUUGACUUUGACACUCUGAAGCGUCAGGGUGGGUCUACAUCCAGUCAGAUUGAACACGAACCGGAGGUAUAUGAUGACGUGGACUUUCAUAAUAACCUCAGCAGUGGGAUCAAGGGUCCAGGAAUGGUUCUUCCUCCACCACCUGAGGAGGAUGGGGACGUAUAUGAUGAUCUGGACGAGUCAAGCUUCAACGUCAGCCUCUCGGACACCAGAUUGCCUCCUAAACCUCGCGGCCUCUCUUGGGUGUUAAAGGGCUUCGAGGAGUGGAGAAAAGGCCCAGGCAGCAAAAUUGAAGUACCUCCACCUUCUCAGUUUGAUCAGGAAGGAAAUACUGAACAAUUGGCUGAGGUCAUUGACGAGGAAAUCUAUGAUGAUGUGGAUGUCACUAAGUUCCCUCCGACUCCAUCUAUCAGCAGUCUCCCACAAAGUAAAACCAAGGAUAAGGCUGAGGACAAAGAUCCUAAAAAGCUAAAGAAAUUUGAGAAGGAAGAGAAGGAUUUCAGAAAGAAGUUCAAGCAUGAUCGGGAGAUCCAGGUCUUGUAUCAGGUGACCAUCGUUUCCACCUUGGCCAAUAAGAAGUGGAGCAGUAAAGAUCUACCGUUGAGACCUGGGGAGACUGUGGAUGUCAUCGUUGAGCCUGUAGACAACAAGCUCAUCUGCAGGAACGAGGAGGGCAAGUUUGGCUACGUCUUGACUAGCCAUAUUGCAGUAGAAGAUUCUGAUAUCUAUGAUGACAUUGGUGAUGAUUGCAUCUACGACAACGACUGAACACUGUGUGACAAUAUCUUGUUUUUUUGGUUUGUUUCUUGUUUCACAUCAAUAAUCUUUAUCUUAUUUAUUGUGGUUAUUUUGGGGGUGAUAUGACAUUUUCAUUCAAGAACAAUUACACGUCCUUUCUCUAUGUUUUCCCUUUAUGAAUAACUGUGACUGCAAUGUAUAGGCCUAAAUUACAUACAAUGUUGCAUUUUUAUAUUGAACCUAUGGGUUACAUAGCAUGGCUUAGUCACAUUGAAUACUUGUAUUCGAUAUUUAACAAGACACAUUACACACUGAUUGAGUGUGACGAUGAUGAGGAUGAUAAACGUAAACUUAAAUACUCAUCGUAAAUUCAUUUCAGAUCAGCAUUUCAGAUCAGUUGUCAUAGUUGGCUGGUUAUCACCUGACAGGUGUGUUACCUAUGUCAUAUUGUGCUGAAAGUCCAUGACAACCUUGGGUUUUAUGCAAUAGCUCGGACCUUUCUGACUGAGAGUGUGAGGGAAUAAAGGCCUUGGUUUCUUAAUAAAAAGCCCAUGUCAUAGAAAUGCAUUUGAUUCACAUAAUAACAAAUACAAUAAAAUAAAUGAUUUGCCCUUCGUUGUUGCAUUUUUCUGCA